AAAGAAAGUUUUAUUUAAGAGGCCACCCCAUUUCUCCCUCGUGACAAACUCAAAUUUGCAAGAAGAAGAAGAGAGAAACUGAAACUCAGAGAAAUAAAGAUAAAGCAAACUGAAGAAGAAGAAGAUUAUAAACGUUUUCUAGUGGUUUUGAUUCGUUUCUUCCAAGUCGCUUAACGAUGUCGAGUUCUAUGGAGUGCUCUACUACUCGGAGAUCUUCCUCAGGGAAGCCGAGCUUCUCGCUGACGUGUAGUCGAUUGAGUCAGUAUCUGAAGGAGAACGGUAGCUUUGGAGAUCUCAGCUUAGGGAUGUCAUGCAAGCCUGACACCAACGGCAUGUCACGUAAGCCUACAACAACCAUGAGUUUAUUCCCUUGUGAAGCUUCCAACGUGGGUUCCAUGGCCGCUGCUCAAGAUGUUAAACCCAAGAAUCUGUUUCCUAGGCAACCAAGCUUUUCUUCCUCAUCUUCCUCUAUCCCCAAGGAAGAUGUCCCCAAAAUGACACAGACUACUACUAGAUCUUUGAAACCAGAGCCUCAAACUGCACCGUUGACUAUAUUCUACGGCGGGCAAGUGAUUGUGUUCAAUGACUUCUCUGCUGAGAAAGCCAAAGAAGUUAUGAACUUGGCUAACAAAGGAACCGCUAACACCUUCACCGGUUUCACAUCUACUCUUAACAACAACAUCGCUCCUACCCCAAACCAAGUUCCUCAUCUCAUGAAAGCAGCAACUCAAGACCCAAAGCAAACCUCCUCAGCUGCAAUGGCAUGUGAACUUCCGAUUGCUAGAAGAGCUUCACUUCAUCGGUUCUUGGCGAAGAGAAAGGAUAGGGUUACGUCAAAGGCACCAUACCAGUUGAACGAUCCAGCCAAAGCGUAUUCAAAGCCUCAAACCGGAAACACCACCACCUCUUGGCUUGGUUUAGCAGCUGAUAUGUGACGUGAUAUCGCAAAAUAACCACAAACCGCACCGGGCUAUUCUUUUGACGUUGCAUCAAUAAAACAAGAAGAACAAAACUCCUGCGUCCAUGGUUCUUAAUUAUAUUUUUUUCACAACUAUUCAAUUAGUAGGAAACUUCAUAUAUUUGUAUGUAUUUGAUUAUGAUUAGCGAUCAAUUAUUGUUAGCGUCUGUCUUUUCUAGGUAUUGUAUCAUGCUGUCUAAAUCCCCAUCUCUGGGUUAUUUCAAAAAUAGUCUCGUAUGUUACUGAUUUUGUAA